AAUACAUUUCUAAGCACCCUCUUCCCAGGCAUUUCCAAAUGGCCUGUCUAAUACUUUUUGUGCUUGGGCUCCAGGUAUUGUAUUGCCUGGCUCUACCACCGCCUCCCAUUCAGUUAACGUCCCCAGCAUGUAAUUCUUCUGUGGUGGAGGAUAUCGCAGAAGGGGCCCUCAACAAGCUGAAUAAACACCGAAAGGAGGGCUAUAUUUUGGGUCUCCAGCGAAUCUUUGAUGCCCGUGAAAUGCCACAGGGACCCAGAGGGUCUCUCUUCUAUCUCACGCUGGAUGUUCUGGAAACUGAAUGUCAUGUCAUGAGUAGGAAAUCAUGGAAAAACUGCACUUUCCGCCAUGCACAUGAGACCGUUUACGGGCAAUGUAAAUUUACAAUUCAAGCCAACAAGAAUAAAGACAUCAGCUGUCUGUACAACUACGACUGCACUUUACGGACACUUCCUGCCGUGGCUUUAGCAAGAUUAUGCCCGGACUGCCCUGUAGCUGGGGACGUAACGGAAGCCAGGUUUCAAGAGGCAGCAUCUGAGAGCCUGCUCAAGUUCAAUACAGAAACUAAUCAUAUACAUUACUUUGCCAUGCUCAAUGUAACCAAAGCAACUUCACAGUGGGUUGUCGGUCCUUCAAAUUUUGUGGAGUUCACCAUCCAGGAGACAUCGUGCCGCAAAAGUGGGCCUGUGCCUGACAUCUCCAAGUGCCCACUCCUCCCAUCUGAAACUGCAGUAACAGGUCUAUGCAAAGGCUCUGUGGUGGAGAGUCGGAUAGAAAAUCGGAAAUUUAUCACUGUCACGUGCACCCUCUUCCCUCCACAGGCACAAGAAGGUGGUGAACAACAAUCUGGACCAGAACCGGGGAAAGAUGGACACCAUGCUGAUCGCGAAAGCCAUGAAGAUGACCAUCAUGGCCAUGGCAGAAAGAAGGGAAAUCACGGCCGUCAUGGAGAUGGUCACUCUCAGAAUCGUGGUCAUGGUCACCACCAGCCUGAUAGGGAUGGCCACCGCCACCCUGAUAGGGAUGGUCACCGUCACCCUGAUAGGAAUGGCCACCGCCACCCUGAUAGGGAUGGCCAGCCACAUCAUCACGGUGAUCACGGAAGGCACCCUAGUGAUCAUUCACAGGAUCACCAAGAUCUCUCAUGUGUCCAAGUAAAAACAGUAGGGCGGGUGGUAAUCCUUCCCCCCUCAAAUGAGCAUGUGUCCCUUCACUCCUUGCCUGAAACUGGAGCAGAGUCACUGGAUGGGAAACCUGUCCCUCCUCAAGUGCAGCAGCCAACACGACUCCCCAAGUCCCAGCUUCCCGGUAUACCCAGCCAUCCCGAGGAAGGCAGCCAUCCACCACAGAAACCAGGAGGGCGGCCAGGGUUGACCAAGCCCAUGGGCUCAAAUAUUCCUCCCUACCCACCUGGGUUUUCUGGAUCACCUACCUGUCCAGGAGAAAGCAAAGAGAACAUAAUUGGCCUUGAGUUGCCUCAAAGGCCCGUAAUAAAAACACCCCCUGGAGCCACACAAUCCCAAACUGAGUAAAUUAGGUUAGGCAACAUGAGACACAAUGUAUUUAGAAAAAGAACAAUUAGUAAUACUUUGGGAAUUUCUCAAUACAAAUAGUAACAAUCUGUCAUUUCAUUUUGUAAGGUUUUAAUUCACAUAAAGACACCAUAGCAAUACCUGAGGUACAAACAGUAAUACUAAUUUGGACAAGUGAGGUCCCUAUUGCACUUUUUGUCUCCUAUUUAGUCCAACUGAGAUAUCGGUAGGUUGGCCACAAUACUGGUGGUGGUGCAUGGCUCCCAUGUCAGUUGGUCACUGAAUCCAUGCCAAGUUUUAGGUCCUAAGCCCUUGAAUAUCUCCUCUAUGGUUUGGAUUGCAAACCCAUUGUAGACCUAUCACCCUACUGACAUUGAAACCAUUGCUCACUACUAAUUUUUAUCCAUUUGUGCUCCCUGUUAAUGUAUAAAGCUUGGGUUUGGGUCACUGGGUGUUUAGUUUUCAAAUAUGUGUGGACUGCAAGAAAAGGUUUCUGAUACUACAGAGCACGGAGUGUGGAAGGACAAUUCAGUUCACCUCACAUCUGGGCAUGUUUGACUGUAGAGAUGGCUACCCAACCUCUAGAGUCUACAAGAGGGAAGUAUAAAUAAAUACAGGUCUGCAUUAGACUUCA